ACAACGUUAAGAUUUUGCAGAAUGGCUCCUCCAACAUUUGCUGAUCUUGGGAAAUCAUGCAAGGAUCUUUUCAACAAGGGUUACAAUCACGGAUUCCUGAAGGUUGACACAACUACCAGGGCAGGCGAUGCGAAGGAAGUAGAAUUCAAGACAUCUGCGUCUCAUAACUUGGGCUCAGGCAAACUUGGCGGAAACCUUGAUGUGAAGUACAAAAUCCCUUCGUAUGGUCUCACCUUGACUGAAAAAUGGAACACCGAGAAUCAGCUCGGAACUGUCAUCGAGGUCAAUGAGCAAUUUGGAAGGGGCCUCAAGCUUACUUUUGACUCUGUUUAUGCCCCACAUGCUGGUAAACGAACUGGAAAGCUGAAGGCCGACUGGGCUGCACAAACUGCUAGGAUAACAGCUGAAGUUGGUCUUACAUCCUCUCCCGUCGUCAACGCUGCUGGUGUUUUCAGCCACGACGGAUGGUUGUUUGGAGCAGCGGCUACCUUCGAUACUGCAACAAAUAAGCUUGCUUCAACCUCGCUGGCAUUCGGGCAUCAGGCUCCCGACUAUACUUUGCAUUCAUUUGUUGUCAACUCCACCGACUUUGGCGCUUCUCUCUUCCACAAAGUUGCGUACAAUGUAGAAAUCGGAACCAUGCUUGGAUGGAAGGUUGGAGGUAAUGGAGCUGACUUUGGCCUUGCAGCUAAGUACGCCCCUUCAAGAGACCUUACUCUUCGUGCCAAGUUGAACAACUCUAGCCAGGUGGCAUUAGCUGCGACGCACUCCCUUUCACCCGACUUGAAGAUGACGCUCUCAUCGCAAUUCAAUUUGACCUCGAACGACCACCACAAAUUUGGAAUGGGACUGGAGUAUGAACCAGCGCAGUGAUUAUAGUGUUGUUGAUCGACUAUCUCCAUAGUCUCUAGAUGUUUUUAGUCUAGUUAUUGGUAGUUCUUGCUGGCCUGUUGAAGUUGUUUCCUGUGGAUCCUUAUUAAGAUGGCGUAAUGAAAAUUUAUGCGUUGUUUAUAGGAAAUAAUUCUCGUUUGUGUUAAAUUUGAUUGUGUGUGUUAUGCAAUUUUUGUGCUCGUAACGUUUCACUUCAUAAAAGAGAGUCGGGAGAUUGGCAUAACGAGGCAUAUUCGAGAAGAUUAUCGCAUAUAGAAUGUGAUAGAAAAAAUCUUGGCAAGAUUUAUACAAUCGAAUGUACAGUAUAAUUAUAUUUUGUAUAGAUUCUGUUCCUCUGUUCUAGUAACCGCAUUUGAAGAUCAUGACGUUCACC